AUGUAUCGUUCACCGUACUCCUGGAAGCUGUGUGGCAACAUUGGGCAGAACAAUGUUUUACGUUCUAUGGCAAAACUUGAUAUAGGUCAAGGAGUCUGUGGUGGACUGUAUCUGCACUAUAAAUAUCUGGUUCGCAUUAGGUUCUCAGUAUUUCUAGCACAAAAAUGGCUCUUAAGUUAUUUACAGGUUCUCGUUCUAUCCGCCUUAUUAGCCGGUGCCUUUGGUAGUUCACUGCCAUCCUACACCCCUGCACCAUCCUAUAAUGCCCCAGCUUCUACUGGACCAGCUCAGUAUGACUUCAAUUAUGCAGUAAAUCAUGAUUACUCCAAUAACGACUUCGGCCAUCAAGAAAAUCGAAAUGGAUACGACACUCAAGGAGCUUACUAUGUACUUCUUCCCGACGGCCGUGUACAGAGGGUGUCAUACACUGUGAACGGUGACUCUGGAUACGUGGCCCAAGUUACUUACGAGGGAGAGGCCCAAUACGGCGCUCCAAGACCUUCCACCUCUUACCAGCCUGCUCCUUCUUACGUUUAACCUCAUGAAUUGGAAUAUCUUAAUUUUGAUAAAACUG